GCACCUGCCUCGUUGGUUCCGCCUUCCGUGGGGCGCACUAUCCCAAAGCGAAAGGACGCAUCUUGGAAUUUAGGAAUCAAAACGGACGGAAGCUUUUGGAUUGCGGCGUGCAAACGUGCCAAGUGAGCGCCUCAUCGUGUGAAGAAACUGGCCUGGCAAAGACUUUUGAGACUAUUACGACUGGCCUGAAAUGGUGAUGAGAUGCAUCCGCGGAGUGCUUCUUGAACCCGCUCCCAAAAGCCCGUGAAGCAGGCCCGCCCGUGUUUUUGUUUUCCUUUGAGCGGCGCUCCAUUUCCUUUCCUUUCCUUCGUUUUCUUUUCUUUUUUUUUUACCCCGGGUCGCUCUUGCAGCCGAUGAUGAGCAAACAUGAACGGGAAUCACUACAAAGGCCACGAAGUCAGCUGCUGCAUCAAAUACUUUAUUUUUGGAUUCAAUAUCCUCUUUUGGCUGCUGGGCAUGGCUUUGGUUGGAAUUGGCUUGUGGGCAUGGAGUGAGAAGGGGGUUCUGUCCAACAUUUCAUCCAUCACUGACCUGGGUGGUCUGGACCCGGUGUGGGCCUUCAUGGUGGUCGGGGCCGUCAUGUUCAUUCUGGGCUUUGCUGGAUGCAUUGGAGCGCUGCGGGAGAACACUUUCCUGCUCAAAUUUUUCUCCGUGUUCCUGGGAAUCAUCUUUUUUCUGGAGCUGACCACCGGAAUCCUGGCUUUCGUCUUUAAGGACUGGAUCAAGGACCAGUUGAACUUGUUUAUCAACAACAACAUCCGGGCUUACCGGGAUGACAUUGACCUGCAGAACCUUAUCGAUUUCACUCAGGAGUAUUGGGAGUGCUGCGGUGCUUUUGGAGCGGACGACUGGAACCUCAACAUCUACUUUAAUUGCACGGAUGGAAACCCCAGUCGGGAAAAAUGCGGCGUUCCCUUCUCCUGCUGCACCAAGGACCCCGCGGAGGAUGUAAUAAACACUCAGUGUGGAUACGACGUUCGAGGCAAACCAGACUCGGAGCAGAAGGAUUACAUCAACGUGAAAGGCUGCGUGCCACAGUUUGAGAAGUGGCUACAGGAUAACCUCACCUUGGUGGCGGGGAUAUUUAUCGGCGUUGCGUUGCUUCAGAUUUUUGGAAUUUGUCUGGCGCAGAACUUAGUGAGUGACAUUGAAGCCGUGCGGGCGAGCUGUGGAUUUUGACAAGUCAGCUGCAGGACUUGAGGCCUCCGUGAGGACGUCAAUGAAGGGGACAUUCACGUGCACUACUCACUGAGCUAGCACCUUUUUAAGGUACUACGACUACGACAACGGUGUGAAAAGGAUCAUGUAUGUACAGUAUAUAUACACGUGUAAAAAGAAAACAUUGCCGUCUUUGGUUACUGUUGUAGUUGAGACACUGUUGCCGUUAAAUUAGCUAGUUGUCUAUUUACCAUUACAAUCAAUAAAAAGAGCAAUACGAUUAUUUUCAUGUGGGCAACCAGAAGCUAGCCUCGUUAGCUUACCAAGCUAAGCUUGCUAGUAGUUCAGACCCACGUUAGUAUUGAAUGUUAGCAUUCUGAGCUAACAUGGCUAACACAUUGCUUAACUUAGAGCAGUCAAACAUGCCUCUUAAUUCUUGAGGGAUUCAAAUGAAUGGUUUUGAUAAAUAAACAGCGUUUUGAUAAAUGCUUUUAACAUUAGAUGAGUAUUUUCCAUAAUGCGUAAAGUUCAUAACAAAGCCCUGCUAUGGUUGAAUAUUUGAAACGGUGUUUAAAAACAUAACAUAUUGUACUUUUUUUUUUUUUUUUCAAAGGCUAUUUUUAAACAACAAAAAAUAGUUCUUGUAUCAACUUCUAUACAAGUGGGUCAUGACCUUGCAACAACAGUAGCGAACCACUGCUUUAGCAUUACUGGUAUUUUAGCUCCAAAAAAAAAAAAAAAAUCUAUUUGCUUUACAAUAUUUGAUGUGACUUUUUACGUAACCAAUGAAGUGUUUGAGGGCGCAAACUUUACCCAUGCAAAACGUUACAUUACUGAUGAUGUUUCACGUAUCAAUUUACCGUAAUUUUCGGACUAUAAGUCGCACCGGAGGUUCAGUCGCACCAGCCAUAAAAUGCCCAAAAAAGUGAAAAAAAAAAUAAAAAUGUAUAUAAGUCGCUCCUGAGUAUAAGUCCCCCCCCCCCCCCCCCCCACCCAAACUAUGAAAAAAACCCGCGAUUUAUAGUCCGAAAAUGACGGUACAGAACUCAAGUCGUUUGAGGGUACAAUUUAUUUUUCUAGAUUUGGACAUUUUUGACUUUCGGAGGUCUUUGACGAUGUGAAGUAUUUAGGAUACAACUAGGUGUUUUUUUGAAGGCUUUUAAUGCACUGUUUUAAAAACGAGUCAAUAAGGACUGCUACACGUUAAGUUUUGAUUAUUCGACAGGAAAUGUCAUGUUUGAUCAUGUUUUUAACUAGGUAUUAUAUUUGCUGCUUAUUUGUGACGUACUCUAUCUAACUGCACUUGAAUCAAACCUGACAUAAGCAUCAUGUACGGAGUUGUUGGGUUUUUUCUAAACUUGACUCACCCACUGAAAAAAAGGCAUUGUAUUUGAUAUGUUUCACGAGUGUGUCAUUACUUCUCACUGGCCAUUGUACUACCAAAUUGGGUAGUUUUAGAUCACAGUAGUUCCCACUAAAGUAUUAUUUAUGAUAUGUUCUCAUACAUUACCUUGAAAAUGAGGCUGCAUUGAAAAUAAACGACUGAAAUGUGGAUCAA